AUGUCUUCCGUGCCGAAUACGUCGGAGCCGCAUAGCCCUGUCCCCUUCACGUACGAUGAUGGCCGGGCAACCCUGCCUUCUGCAUCAACGCACAUCAGACUGCUAGAACUCUAUCCAUCUGGAACUAACCCUGUAUCUGCGUCUGCGUCUGCGUCUGCGUCUGAAUCCGCAUUAGAUGAAGACAACAAUGAUGAUUCCCACUACUCGAGCCCGCUCGUAUGCGACAUUUCAACCACUCCGAUUGCCAACCCGCGGCUCUUCCAGGCGUUGUCGUACACCUGGGGUCCACCUGAUAAAACUCACACCAUUGAAAUCGCGGGGACACAUCUUGGUAUCACGGCCUCGCUGGACACGGCUUUGCGACAUCUUCGUCGGAAGAAUGAGUCUGUAACUCUUUGGAUAGACCAGAUAUGCAUAAACCAGGAUGACGGUGCAGAGAAGACAGAGCAGGUGCCGCUGAUGACCCAGAUCUAUAGCAAAGCGCAGCAAGUCCUCGUUUGGCUGGGUCCGGCACAGGACGACUCUGACGCUCUCAUGGACUGCUGGGAGGAGAUUGGUCUGGGGGCGCGCGAGCUCGAUAUUGAAGGAUAUCUCACCCGGGAGCGUCUUCCACUGUUGCGCCCUCUCAUAGAGAAUCGCAACCCGGAAGACGAAGUGACAAAGCAGUUUCAGGCCCUGAUCGCAAAGGCUAUGCCCCUAUUUACGUCCCUUUUGGAGGCCAUGUUGGCUUGGAACAAACGGCCCUGGUUCCAGCGGGUCUGGAUCAUACAAGAGCUAGCACUUUGUCAUAAUACCGUGUUCGUGUGCGGUUCAAAGAUCGUAGACGUCGAUCUCUUCCUCCUGGGAGGGCUGAUAUUUGACAAUUGCCUGGGCAGGGUUGCCGAAGAAAACGGCUUGAUGGACCAGAAGCACCUCCUUCUCGAGGCUCAGGAUCGUCGCGUGGGCCCAUUGCUAGCCGUUCGACGUAGGAGGCGUAACUUUGUCAAAGGCGCAGGACCUGGCGACGACCUCUUCCAUGUCAUGAGGAAAACAUACGUUAAUGGCUGCGCGCGUGCGACCCUGCCGAGAGACAGGAUCUACGGCCUGCUCAGCAUCGCUACCGACGGGGACCGCCUUGGCAUAGUGCCAAACUACAAACGCCCAGACUGCCAUCCCACAUUCGUCGAGGCAGCCCGCGCCUUAAUCAGGGCGGGCCGCGUGGAAGUGCUAUCCUUCUCGCAGUCCCCCAAAGACAUCGAGGGUUUGCCUUCGUGGGUCCCUGACUGGCGGCCGGACCUGGCUAACUCGUACACCGCCAUAUAUGACGACGCGGAGAAGUUCCUCAACUCUGCGUCAGGCGACAGCACUGUCGAGAUCGUGCACACUGACGACCCGGCUGUGCUUGGAAUUCGCGGUCACGCAGUUGACAUCAUCGAAGAAACAGGCGACGUGUGGGAGUGGGAGGCAGGCCACGAGCCCCGCGCCCGGCAUUUGCAGACGAUCAAGGCGUUUUGCGAGAAAUCAGCGGGAAAGGCCUUGUCCCAUAGAAUCUACCAGAGUAGUCAAAGACAGAGUGAAUCGGUUUGGCGCGUACCCGUGGGUGACCUCUAUUGGACCCGAACGUCAACGUACCACAGAGUCGUCGAGGCCGACAAGAGCGACUACGAGGACUGCGUAAACGUGCUAAAGACGCUGGGCGAGUACGAGCAACUAACACCAGAACAACGCGAGCAGCGUUUACGAGAGUUCCACAUCCAAAUGCCCGGGCAGGCCAACUACAGCGAGAAUAUGGACAAGAUGUCAGGCAAGCGGCCCUUUGCCACGCGGCAGAAGGGCUGCGUGGGCCUGGGACCAGCCGAUGCACGUCCGGGCGAUGUCGUGGUGAUACUUCUCGGUUCUCGGAUACCGUAUGUUCUGAGACCGUCUGGAGAUGGGACGAGUGAGCGGGAGAGAACGUAUUGUUUCGUCGGAGAAGCGUACUGCGACGGUAUCAUGGAUGGUGAAGUAUUCUUGACUAAGCGGGCACAGGACACAUUCUACAUUGUCUGA